AAUGCGGGCACAGAGCGCCCUGAUGGGCGAGUGUUUUCGAAAAGCUCUGUGCUUGGGGCCUGAAAGCCGUCGAAAAUAUUCGAGCGGGCAGCUGAUAAACCUCAUGAGCGUUGACGCCUGCCGGGUGGCGGAUGUAAACGUGGUGCCAAUGGUGCACUGGGGCACCUGGUGCGCCGUACUCACGCUGACCAUUUCCCUCGUGGCCCUCCACGCCUUGCUCGGAGCAUCCUCUUUCGUCGGCGUUAUAAUAAUCGUCGUGUUUUGGCCGCUUGGCUAUUUGCUGGGACUGCGUGGGAAGAAAGCAGCGAUGCAUAUACAGCGCGAGCGCGACAACCGUGCCAGCGUCAUGGCGGAAGUUUUAGAAUCAAUUCGCCUUGUAAAAUCUUUACAAUGGGAAGAUU